UUUUUGCUUGAAAUAAAAAAUUGAUAUAGGAGUAAUAAUAUGGAUAGAGAUCAAAAACUGUUAGGGCAGAAAUUACACGUUUGAACUUUAUAGUUCAGUAUAGUUCAAAUAGAAAUUAUAUAGAAUUAUUUAAUAAUUUGUAUUCCACUGGAAUAAAAAUUUAAUUUCUGUCUUUAUCAAAUCUCUAUUUCAGAGUAUUUGUACGUAUGUACUUAUCGUCUGCUGUAUGAUCGAAUAUCGAAUAGGCGCUUGGCCAUGGAUCGUUGCAUUAGGUUUUCGUAAUCCCCGAAACCCAGACAAACCACUAUGGAAGUGCGGAGGUUCCCUGAUAUCGGCUAGGCAUGUUUUGACCGCAGCACAUUGUGCACAUAUGGAUGGAAUAGAAAACAUACACAAUCAUAAUAUUGUCAUUCUUAGAUUGGUGGAGGAGGUGCCAUUUUCGAGGUACGUAUAUCCCAUUUGUACGAAAGAGCCCCUACGAAAGAGCAACUUCGUCGGCUAUAACCCCCUUGUUGCUGGAUGGGGAGCAUUAAGAUAUAGACGACCACGACGUAAUGCAUUAAUGGAAGUACAAAUGCCAGUGAUUAAGAACGCCGAAUGCAAAAUAGCUUAUUCCAAAUUUCCUAAUGCACCUGAUAUCACUGAUGGUAUAAUAUGCGCCGAACAUGCUCAGGGUGGAGAGGAUUCUUGUACGGCUGACCGCGGCGGACCACUGCUGAUACAACAUGAAUUAACCUCGUAUUUAAUAGGUAUUGUGUCUUAUGCUUAUAAGUGCGGCACAGCUGGGUAUCCCAGCGUUUACACUAGGGUCACAUCGUACCUUGACUUCAUUCUCCAAGCGAUGCAAUAAUAUGAUAUUACUGUUCCAUAAAUAUCAUUGUGUAAAAAACGUAAAGUUGGAUUUUCUUAUUGUGGAGAUAAGAAACAGCUCAAAUUUACAUUGUUUUGUACGUUACAAAUUAUAGGCUUAAAAUGUACGAAAUGUAACUUUGAAACGACACUAAUUUUUUACGCACGAUAAACCUCCACGACUUAGAUUAUAGAUUCCUAUACGACUCUCAGUAAAAAUUUAUCCGCACUCCAGAUAGUUAAAACUUCUGUCGACCGUAUUGAUCCAUCUGCACUCUUCGUAUGACGUCAAUAUCUGUUCAGUGCUGCUGCGCAGGUUUCUUUGUGUUACGUC